GUGUGGUUCAAGAACCGCCGCGCCAAGUGCCGGCAGCAGCAGCAGCAGAGCAGCGGCCAGGCCAAGGCUCGGCCCGCCAAGAAGAAGAGCUCGCCGCCCCGCGAGGCGCCCGCCGACGCCGGGGGGGCCGGGCCCUACAGCCCCCCGCCCGCCGGCCCCGCCGGCACCCCCAGCUCCGCCGCCGGCGCCACCGUUUCCAUCUGGAGCCCGGCUUCCAUCUCGCCCGUGCCGGACCCCUUGGCCACCACGGCCGCGCCGGGGUUGCCGCGCUCGGCGCCGUUCCCCGGCUCCUACGGCCAAGCCGGCGGCUACGGGCAAGGCUACGCCGGAUCCGCCGCCUAUUUCGGGGGCCUGGACUGCAGCUCCUACCUCUCGCCCAUGCACCCGCAGCUGGGGGCGCCCGGCGCGGCGCUCAGCCCCUUGGCCACCCCCGCCAUGGGCGCCCACCUCGCCCCCUCGCCCGCCGGCUUGGCCGGGCAAGGUUACGGCGCCGCCGGGCUGGGUUUCGGCGCCGUCGACUGUCUGGACUACAAGGACCAGGCGGGCUCCUGGAAGCUCAACUUCAACGCCGCCGACUGCCUGGACUACAAGGACCAGAGCUCCUGGAAGUUCCAGGUCUUGUGAGGGGGGGGCCCGGCCCCGCCGCGGGCGCGCGAGG